GGCCAACCGCCUCCCGUGUCCGCCCUCUGACCAAGAUCACUCCAUGGAUGAAAUGACAGCUGUGGUGAAGAUUGAAAAAGGAGUUGGUGGCAAUAAUGGGGGAAAUGGUAAUGGUGGUGGUGCCUUUUCACAGGCGCGAAGCAGCAGCACAGGCAGUAGCAGCAGCAGUGGAGGAGGAGGAGGGCAGGAAUCCCAGCCAUCCCCUUUGGCUCUGCUGGCAGCAACUUGCAGCAGAAUUGAGUCACCCAGUGAGAACAGCAACAACUCCCAGGGCCCGAGUCAGUCAGGGGGCACAGGUGAGCUUGACCUCACAGCCACACAACUUUCACAGGGUGCCAAUGGCUGGCAGAUCAUCUCUUCCUCCUCUGGGGCUACUCCUACCUCAAAGGAACAGAGUGGCAGCAGCAACAAUGGCAACAAUGGCAGUGAGUCUUCCAAGAAUCGCACAGUCUCUGGUGGGCAGUAUGUUGUGGCUGCCACUCCCAACUUACAGAACCAGCAAGUUCUGACAGGACUACCUGGAGUGAUGCCUAACAUUCAGUAUCAAGUAAUCCCACAGUUCCAGACCGUUGAUGGGCAACAGCUACAGUUUGCUGCCACUGGGGCUCAAGUGCAGCAGGAUGGUUCUGGUCAAAUUCAGAUCAUACCAGGUGCAAACCAACAGAUCAUCACAAAUCGAGGAAGUGGAGGUAACAUCAUUGCUGCUAUGCCAAACCUACUCCAGCAAGCUGUCCCCCUCCAAGGCUUGGCUAAUAAUGUACUCUCAGGACAGACUCAGUAUGUGACCAAUGUACCAGUGGCCCUGAAUGGGAACAUCACCUUGCUACCUGUCAACAGUGUUUCUGCAGCUACCUUGACUCCCAGCUCUCAGGCAGUCACGAUCAGCAGCUCUGGAUCCCAGGAGAGUGGCUCACAGCCUGUCACCUCAGGGACUACCAUCAGUUCUGCCAGCUUGGUGUCAUCACAAGCCAGUUCCAGCUCCUUUUUCACCAAUGCCAAUAGCUACUCAACAACUACUACCACCAGCAACAUGGGAAUUAUGAACUUUACCGCCAGUGGAUCAUCAGGAACCAGCUCUCAAGGUCAGACACCCCAGAGGGUCAGUGGGCUACAGGGGUCUGAUUCACUGAACAUCCAACAGAACCAGACGUCUGGAGGCUCACUGCAAGCAAGCCAGCAAAAAGAGGGAGAGCAAAACCAGCAGACGCAACAACAGAUUCUUAUUCAGCCUCAGCUAGUUCAAGGGGGACAGGCCCUCCAAGCCCUCCAAGCAGCACCAUUGUCUGGGCAGACCUUUACAACUCAAGCUAUCUCCCAGGAAACCCUCCAGAACCUCCAGCUUCAGGCUGUUCCAAACUCUGGCCCCAUCAUCAUCCGGACGCCAACAGUAGGGCCCAAUGGACAGGUCAGUUGGCAGACUCUUCAGCUGCAGAACCUCCAAGUUCAGAACCCACAAGCCCAGACAAUCACCUUAGCCCCAAUGCAGGGUGUUUCCUUGGGGCAGACCAGCAGCAGCAAUACCACUCUUACACCCAUUGCCUCAGCUGCCUCCAUUCCUGCCGGCACCGUCACUGUGAAUGCUGCUCAACUCUCCUCCUUGCCAGGCCUCCAGACCAUUAACCUCAGUGCAUUGAGUAAUUCAGGAAUCCAGGUGCACCAGCUUCCAGGUCUGCCGUUGGCUAUAGCAAAUGCCCCAG